AUGGGUGACACCAAGGUUUUGAGUAUUGAACCAGUUUUAGUAUCCAAAGAUCCUUUUGAAGACAAUUCAAAAGACCUUUCCUUAAUGUCUAAUAGUGAAGUAAGCGAGAUUCCUGCAACACACACCGAAGAAUUUAAUGAUCUUGACUAUGGUAGUAGUGAAGAAAUGCAAGAUCAAACUGUUAAUGGGCCAAGGCAGAGACCUAGGGCUGGACGUAGUAAUAUAGACGAUUCAACCGCAGAGAAAAACAUUGAGGAGGGUGCAAGCGAAGUAACUAAAAGGUUAUCAACCUGGUUUAGUUCUCUUUGGGUUUCUCCUCAAGAAAUGAGUGGUGACGCUUCUGAAAAAGACGAUCCUGAUUUUGCUCAUUUUAAGAAAGGAUUAUUUAAUAGUUUCAAUAAUACAAAAAGCGAAGCUACUAUAGAUUCUUCCAAAGAUCACUCAAUUUGGUUAAUGGGUGUACGCUAUGAAGCAAAUAACGAUCGCAUAUCAAAUGAAUUUAGUGGUUCUUUUUACGAAACAAGUUACUAUUAUUCUACCCCUGGUACCUUUCCUCACCUUUCAAUGCAACAACCGAUAUUAUCACCGGCUAAUUUUCCCGCAGAUUUUUACGAUGAUUUCACUUCACGGAUAUGGUGUACAUAUAGACACAAUUAUGCUCCUAUAAGACCAACGAACUUUACAAAUGAUGGAGGUUGGGGUUGCAUGUUAAGAUCAGGACAAUCAUUGCUUGCUAAUGCGUUGAUAUUGCAAUUCUUGGGUAGAGAAUGGCGAAAGGUACCUAAAGGAGAUGAUAAGUGGAAUACCUAUGUAAAGAUUCUUAUCUGGUUCAUUGAUGAUAUGUCAUCACGGUGUCCAUUCUCUGUUCACCGUAUUGCGUUAUUGGGCAAACAGCUUGGAAAGAAUAUUGGAGAGUGGUUUGGACCAUCAACAGCAUCUCAGGCCAUAAAGGCUUUGGUCGAAGAUUUCCCUGCUGCAAAUUUAAGCGUAUAUGUGGCUACUGAUGGCGUGGUGUACAAAAAUGAAGUUUACAAAGCAGGUAAAAAUAAUCGAACAGGCAAAGAUUUUCAGUCUGUUUUGAUUCUAGUGGCUAUCCGGUUAGGAAUUAAUAACCUAAAUCCAAUUUAUCAUAAUGCGCUCAAGGAAUGUUUUAAAUUUCCACAGAGCGUCGGAAUAGCUGGUGGUAAACCAUCAUCAUCAUAUUAUUUCAUUGCAACACAAGCUGAUGAUCUAUAUUAUCUUGACCCGCAUCAUUCAAGACCUGCACUUGAAUUAAAAUCAAUGGAAGAGUAUACAGAAGAAGAACUGUCGACUUUUCAUUGCGAUACACUACGUAAAAUACAUAUAUCACAACUUGACCCUUCAAUGCUUCUUGGUUUCUAUUGUCGGACGAGUGAUGAAUUCGAAGACUUCUGUAAACGAGUCGAAGAGAUCAGUGAGAAGUACAAACCAGUGUUCACUAUUGCCCAGGAGGCGCCAAUAUAUGGAGAUGAUGUUAGUGAUUUGGAUGUAUUUUCAGAAGAUGACGAAGAUGAAUUUGAAAAGUUUGAAAACGAUGAUGAAAAUGUUGAGGAUAUGUAA